CACUCCAUCAUCGUGAUACGUGGCCUGGAGUCUUCCUCGCCAUGUCUUCUCACAAGACCUUCAGAAUCGAGAGAUUCCUGGCCAAAAAACAAAAACAGAAUCGUCCCAUUCCCCAGUGGAGUCGAAUGAAAACCGGCAAAAAGGUCAGGUGUAACUCCAAGAGGAGACACUGGAGAAGGACCAAGCUGGGUCUCUGAGGAACUGUGCUAAAACAGAUGGAACACAUAUUUUGUGCUGUAUCAACAUCACUAUCCACUGUAUCAAGCUAAGGACAGCUGGACAUGUUUGAUUGAGACCCCUUAGUAGUGGGUUGGUUCAGUAAUAAAUAUGUGAAACAUUUUUAAAAAA